AUGAUGUCCUCUUCCGAUGUAUCCGACUCUGGCUGCAGCUUCUGGAGCGCCUGCUCUGCAGACUCCAGCGGCUCGAGCAUGUUGUCAGCCACACCCGCCGUUGUUAAGUCUCACAAGCAGAUUGUUAACCAGGCUGAUCGCAGGGAAGCCAACGAGAAGAACCAACAAGCAUGGGCGUCCGAAUAUCGUGGCAAGACAAAUGAAUACCAUGGCACUAUCGACUCGUUCAUCAACGUUCUCGUCCCUAGCAAUGUAAAGUGCCCUCCGAUGGACUGCUCCAGGAAAUUCGACAAGGUUCCUGAAGACUGCCUCAAGCUGUUAAUGUAUAACCCUCUAGUCAACAGGUUCCUCGCUCUCACCAAGGACUUCCCAGUGGCAAAGUCACUUAGCUUCCAUGAUAACAACACCCACCUGAUUCCGUUCCCGUACAUGUCGUGGGACCUUCAUCAUCACCGCACGAAACCCGACCUGAUCACAUCCUACCCGGGAACGACUACAGGUGACUACCCAAUUGGCCGGUGGGCCAAGAAUAAAGACGACACGAUAAGGCAGCUUGUCAAGAAUGGGCAGAAUCUCCUGGUGGGCCAUAGUGGCCUGUUCGUGUUCGUGUUCGAGAUUUUCGGCCACCACGCACGCGUCUUUCGGUUCGACCAUUCGUCCUGUCUUGUCUCACCUAGGUUCAACUACGUCGAGCGGCCCGAGCUCUUCCGACAAUUCUUCUGGAAUUUCGUCAAUCCUCUCCGUGACACACGGAUUUCUGGCGACGACCCGACGGUAAAUACUAAGACCACAAAGUCACAUCUCCGAUGCGUGGAGGACGUACUGGAGCCAGACGAUGUUGAAAGCUUCGAUGCCGGCGUGCACCGGUGGAUUUCCGCAGAGGCCGUGACCAAGGAAGCUCCAGAACCAGAGGAGCAGAAUCCGUUUAACCCAGUUGUAUCUCCAUCUCCGCCCGCUUUCUUUGACUGCGCUACUCUGGAAGGGCACCGAACCCUGUCGGCAUUUGUCCGUGAUCCCAAGUAUGCAGAUGAGAACGAUCGCCGGCAUAUGCGAUUGAUUAUGGAGACGCUAGGCAUACCUUUGUCAAAUUUUAGUCGGACGAAACGGAUGGUCGAGGCGUUGUGCGAUGCGAUCAAAGGUCACCAACAGACUUACAGCACUGGCGUGUUACAUCGUGACGUCAGCGAAGGCAAUGUCUAUAUGAUUGAGGACAAGCCGUACAAGGGGUUCAUCGGCGACUUCGACUACAGCAGUUUCAUGCCAGGUGUCCAUGGUGGACAUGAUGACCCGACGAGACCUGAUGCAAAUCAGAAUGACUUUCUAAAGGAACGAACGGGAACAUACGCCUUCAUGUCGAUCGAGUUGCUCGAAGAGAAGAGUGUCAUUCGUGGUGCACAUCAUGACUUGGAAUCCUUCUACUGGCUUUUGAUCAAGCUCGUCCUCCGACACACUGUGCACGAAGUGAGCGUGGCUGAACAAACCGAAGACCCUCACUGUUCCGGAAAUUCGCCUCUGACGUGGCUGCUGCGAGAGCUCACCAUGUUAUGCUAUCGCGGCCAGUCGACGUUGGAAGGACCCGGUAUGUUGCUCACAUACGAGGCUAUGUUGGAGAAGUUCGAGACGGCCCUGAAGAUGGACAGCUGGCCAGACGCCGAUUGUGCGGUCUCGUUCAAGCCUUACGUGGAGACUGAAGAGGUUGGCCAUGCCGACCUUGCAGAUGGCGCGAUUGCUACUGUGGAUCAGGUGCCCGAAAGCAAGAAGGCACGAAAUCGGAAGGCCUCAAUCUGA